GUGACUGUAUACGUGCAACACCAUUUCAUCUCGUGAGUCUCAUCUCAUCUUCAGAAACACACACACACACAGACGUAUGAACCAGAUUGUCGGGUCACUGUCACCGUUUCUGGACUCGAGGUCCCUUCCCUGUCGUGGAUUCGGUUGUUCUCAUUGAUAAGAUAAAAAGUCAACACUAGUUUAGUCACAGACCGAGGUCUUCCUUCUCUCAAGUCUCUUUCAUUUCUCUUUCAUCUCUCUCUCUCUCUCUCUCUCAUCGUCGACUCACUUGGAGGCGGGUCAGAUAUCGGCAACGACACCAUCAAAAAAGCAGCCAUCACAGUUUCUCAACAAAAACACAUAAAGAAGUAUAUAAGAUAGAGAGAAACAAUGGCUGCCUCCGCUGCCGAUGUCGACUCCCACGACGGCCAGAACGCCGGUCUCCAAACGGCCAAGGAUCUCUUCUCCGGCGCCGUUGGUGGUAUUGCCCAAGUGUUAAUUGGCCAACCCUUCGACAUAGUCAAAGUCCGCCUCCAAACCUCCACCCAAUACUCCUCCGCCCUCACCGCCGCCGCCUCCAUCUACAAGCACGAAGGCGCGCUCGCCUUCUACAAAGGCACCCUGACCCCGCUCCUGGGCAUCGGCGCCUGCGUCUCCAUCCAAUUCGGCGCCUUCCACUCGGCCCGCCGCUUCCUCGAGCAACGCCGCGCCGCCACCGACAAGUCCUUCAUCCCGGGCGUCUCCAACCUCGGGUACGGCGAGUACUACGCGGCCGGCGCCUUUGCGGGCGUCGCCAACUCGGUCAUCUCGGGCCCCAUUGAGCACGUGCGCAUCCGCCUGCAGGCCCAGCCGCACGGCGCGGGGAGGUUGUAUUCCGGCCCUUGGGACUGCGUGCGCAAGCUCAGCCAGCAGGCGGGCGGCGUGCUGCCGGGGUUGUACCGGGGCGAGGUGGUGACGGUGUUGCGGGAGGCGCAAGCGUACGGCCUGUGGUUUUUGGCGUUUGAGUGGUUGAUGAAUGCGGAUGCGGCCAGGAACAAGAUUGACCGCAAGGAGAUCCCGAGUUACAAGAUUGCUUUGUACGGUGGACUGGCGGGCGAGGCGCUUUGGUUGGGCAGUUACCCGUUGGAUGUGGUCAAGAGUAAGAUGCAGACGGACGGGUUUGGGGCAGGGCAAAAGUAUAAGAGCAUGAGGGAUUGUUUUGCGCAGACGUUCAGGGCUGAGGGCAUGAGAGGAUUCUGGAAGGGUAUUGGGCCGACGCUGUUGAGGGCCAUGCCGGUUAGUGCGGGAACGUUUGCGGUGGUGGAGAUGACCAUGAGGGCUAUUAAUUAGAAGGAUUCGGUUGACUGUGGAAGGGGGAUUAGGUAUACUACCUAGAGAGCAGAAAAAGAAAAGGGGAAUAGGCUCACUCCACUUGGGCGUUGUGGAUGGGGACUGUGAGUUGGUCAUGAGCAAGGAAAGGAAAACGGGAUUCCAUGGAUCAUAAGAAUAUACGGACAGAUGGGAAAUGGGCUCUUCAACGAGCAUGUUGUUGCAAUUACAGAAUUUCUGGGGAUAUUAGGGGUUUGAAAAGCAUACGGACCGCAUUAAACAGCGAGAGUUAUUUGGUUUUCUCAGUAAAGGGACGAAGGCAUUGGUGGUGAGGAUUCAAAAUGUGUUUGACUUAUCAAACUCGAUAUUAAUGUUUUCCGGCUUUGCUCAAAUCCUAUAAACCAAGUCCAACAGUUCAAGAAAUAUGCCACUUGGAGAA